CCAGGUUGUCUAUACACAUGAUGAUAUAUAAAACCAAGUCUUAAAUUGACAAAUUUGACCUUAAAUAUUGGGACAAAGAAAGGAACAAAUCUUAGAGUAUUUUUGGUAAUUUGCCACACAUUUGUAUGUAGUUGCCUUUGUCUGGAUUUAAGAGCAAUAGUGGCCUCAAUUUCCUCACCAUCAAAUCUUCCCUUUUCUCCAUCUUCUUCCAAUUGAUCACUCAUAAAUAAGUUUGCUCUGUGGCUUUGUUUCUUGAAAUUUUCUUAUUACCCAUUUGUUUUUUUUUGUUUUUUUUUUUUCUAUUCAGAAACUCCAAAUAGCAUUCAUAUAUUUCCUUCUCACAACAAAAAAUCAAAAUCUUAUACAAGGUUCAGCUUUCUACCAGAUUUGGUAAAGGCUGGAUUUGUGGUGGAGCUUACCAGAAAUUGUCUUUGCAUUUUAGUGAAGAACCAUUAAAAGUUGGAUCAGCUGCCUCUUUGGGAGUUACCUUUGUAGUAAUUAUGAUUGACCUUUUUCGAUAAAAUAUCUCCCUUACAGGUGGUGAUGAAUACAAACUUAUAGUUAUUUCAUUUUUUUGAUAUCUUGAAUGGCUGGACCUUUGUUGCCAGUGGGUAAGGCAGUCCUACGUUCCCGUCAACCCUCCAACUAUUAUAUCUUCAAUCCUAAUCUCCAGCAUCCGAAGUCAAUUCCAAAUCUCCUUCCAUACAAGAAAAGAGCCAAACAGAACAAUACUUUGAACAAGUUGGUGCUCUUAAGCCCAUUAGUUUGCCAAUACGGGUUAAAACCGGUUUCUGCGCUUGACUCAGAUGCUCCCCGUCCUAUCGAUCAGAGCUCAGAAGAUUUAAAGAGUAGCGAGAGCUUUAAGCAAUGGGAUUCAUUGACUGCAAAAUUUGCAGGAGCUGCAAAUAUUCCGUUUCUCAUAUUACAACUGCCUCAAAUUAUACUCAAUGCUCGUAACCUUCUAGCAGGAAAUCAAGCUGCAUUAUAUGCUGUUCCAUGGCUGGGGAUGUUCACUGGAUUGCUUGGUAAUUUGUCUUUGCUAUCAUACUUUAUAAAAAAGAGGGAGGCGGAGGUGGUCGUUGUUCAAACUUUGGGUGUCGUAACCAUUUAUAUUGUGAUAUCACAACUAGCCAUGGCUGGAUCGAUGCCUUUACCUCAUUAUGCAGUUACUUCUGUUGUUAUUGCUUGUGGUCUUGUUGUGAACUUCAUGAACUACUAUUACUUGUUAAAUCCCAUAAUCUGGCGUUAUUGGGAGGAUUUCAUUACUAUUGCUGGGCUAUCUGCACUUCCCCAAGUCAUGUGGUCAACUUUCAUCCCAUAUGUUCCAAAUACCAUCUUGCCUGGUGCUGUAGCUUUUGUUCUGGCUAUCCUAGCUGUCGUUAUGUCUCGGACUGGGAAACUUCCAGAAAAGGGCAUCAAAUUUGUAGGAUCAUUGUCUGGAUGGACUGCCACUCUUCUUUUCAUGUGGAUGCCAGUUUCACAAAUGUGGACGAACCUUCUAAAUCCAGAUAAUAUUAAAGGUUUAUCAGCACUUUCGAUGUUGCUUGCGAUGAUCGGGAAUGGACUCAUGAUUCCACGAGCACUCUUUACUCGGGAUUUGAUGUGGUUCACUGGUUCAACUUGGGCAUGCAUUUUUUAUGGAUGGGGAAACCUUGUCUGCUUAUAUUGCUGCAAAGUUAUCAGCAGGGAAUUUUUCUUAGCUUCGACAGUUGGCUUUGGGGCAUGGCUAGCGUUCAGUUUCUGGAGAGACACACAAGUAUAUGGUUAUAAUUCUCCAUUGAAAUCGUUGAAGGAAUUGAUUUUUGGUUCAUAACUGAUCCUUGUGCUACAUUGUUGGCUGAAGUUUGAAAUGCAAGAAUGUUCAAGUUUGGCAUUUCUGCUAAAUCAAGUGCUCUUGUUUAGAAGAUUUGGUGAAAGUGCUUAUGGCAAAUGUUUUAGGGUGCAUCAGGCAGGGUCUAGUUGUAAUGUCAAAUUAUUCAGCAUAUGGUAGUGAGGAAGGUUCCUGUGGUUCUUUUUACAUGUAAUGUCAAUUAAUAAUAAAGCUACAAAUGCAAUGUAGAGCAAGUAUAUUUGUUAUACUUCAUUUUGAGAUCAAUUAUUUUAUAGGCAUAAUCAGAUUAUAUGUUUUUGUAUAUUGGAUAGGAUUAGAGUUAAAACAUGAUGUGGAACAACAACAAUGAAGGCAACAUUUUGAAAAAUUAUACAUGGAGUUUUCCGAUAA